AUGCCCCUUUUUGGAUUUAGUCUUGCCAUGGAGGGAUUGUUGCUCGUUUUUAUAGUGACUGUUGUCUUCUUACUAGUUGUGUUAAAAUGUGAGGACAUAGUCAAGGCAGGACAGAACAUUCAAGAGAGCAUGUCAGAAACGGAGCAGAGUGAGAAAUUAGGAGCGCGCAAAAAGAAAAAGGUUACUAAAACAAAAGUGAAAGAGAUACAAAAGGCGGAAGAAAUGCCGCUGGAGGAAAAAAUAGGUAUACCCCGGAGGAUGAAGUACAAGUCAUCCGGAGAGGAUACUUUGUAUCCAUUAAAAGAAUCAGAAGCCUUAGAACUGACUGGUAGUGACUCUGAGCAAGAGUUGUCAGAGUCGGAGGAGGAGGAAUUAGAGGAAGAGGCAGCCAGAUAUGAGGAAGAAAGAUAUGGGCCUAGGUGGAGAGCCACUGUGAAGAAACCGAAAGUUAUUAAUGCCUCGGUGGCCUCCACUCCCCCGCCUUAUAUAGAGGGGAAGUGCGAGUACUCUUUCUGUCCACCUGAAACACAGCGAGCACUUAGGCAAAUGUUUCCUGUGUUUGAGGACGAUGGCGUUCGUUCUCAUCAGCCCCUAGAGCACAAGCAAGUUAAGGAACUGGCAGAGUCUGUUCAUGUCUAUGGGGUUACUGCUAAUUUUACCAUGUCACAGGUAGAAAGACUAGCAAGCAUUGCCAUGACUCCAGCAGACUGGCAAUCUGUGACAAAGGCCUGUCUCCUUAGCAUGGGACAGUAUAUUGAGUGGAAGGCAUUGUGGCACGAUGCUUGCCAAGCACAAGCACGCGCAAAUGCAGCAGCAGGACAACCUGCCUGGACAUUUGACAUGUUAACUGGACAAGGGCAAUGGGCCAAUAAUCAAACUGCCUUCCCCUUGGAGGUAUAUGCCCAGAUUGCUAUUAGUGCUGUCAAGGCAUGGAAAGCUCUAACUAACAGAGGAGAGGUGUCCGGGAACCUGACCAAGGUCAUCCAAGGACCAAGUGAGCCUUUCUCAGAUUUUGUGGCCCGCAUGAUGGAGGCUGCUGGUAGGAUUUUUGGAGACCAAGACCAGGCCAUGCCCUUAAUAGAACAGUUAGUUUUUGAACAAUGUACCAAAGAAUGCCGCAAUGCAAUCCUCCCCUGGAAAUCUAAGGGGCUGCAGGCUUGGCUGAAAGCCUGUAGGGAAAUAGGAGGACCACUUACCAAUACUGGUCUAGCCGCGGCUAUAUUACAAGGACAAAGGCGGCCUGGCCUCUCUAGCAGAGGCAUCACGUGUUUCCAAUGUGGAAAGCCCGGUCAUAUGAAAAGGGAGUGCAGGAAUCAGAAUCCUGGCUUUAAUCCAAAGAAAGCCCCAGGACUGUGUCCAAAGUGUAAGAAAGGGAAACAUUGGGCCAAUGAGUGCAGGUCAGUAAAGGACAUAACAGGGAAACCCUUGGAUAUGUCAAAAAAACUCCAACGGGGCCCCCGUCCUCAGGGCCCUCAAAUAUAUGGGGCAACCAGCUCCCCGGUAACCUGGGCUCAUCAAACUUCCCCAGGAGAGCCACUCCGGGUUCCGCAGGAUUAGACCUCCGUGCCACCUCCAGAAUCGUUGUAACCCCUCAAAUGGGGGUGCAGCCUAUCCCCUCUGACUUUCAUGGCCCUUUACCACCCAAUACAGUCGGGCUGCUUUUAGGAUGCUCCUCUACUACUCUUAAAGGAUUGGUGGUACAUCCUGGGGUUAUUGAUCAAGAUUAUGAGGGCCAGUUGAAGAUCAUGUGCUCCUCCCCAUGAGGUCUCUUCUCCAUUUCCCCAGGUGACUGGAUUGCACAAUUGCUUGUUUUACCCAGUUAUCAUGCCCAGUUUAAAUCGGGAAGUACAAAAAGAGGAAAGAAGGGUUUCGGCUCUACAGGCACUGAUUCAGCAUAUCUUAUGGUCGAUUUACACGCUCGACCUACUCUGAUCCUAACCAUUGAAGGAAAGACAUUUGAGGGAAUUCUAGAUACAGGGGCAGACAAAAGCAUUAUCUCCACUAAAUGGUGGCCUACAAAAUGGCCCAUUACUCAAUCUUCCCAUUCAUUACAAGGUUUAGGUUAUGAAGCUAGUCCAACUAUUAGCUCUAGGCCCUUAAAGUGGAAAGCCCCAGAAGGACAGGAGGGUAGUUUCGUCCCAUAUGUUCUUCCUUUACCUGUCAACUUAUGGGGAAGAGAUAUUUUGGCUGAGUUAGGGCUUAAACUUAUGAAUGAGAAUUCCCUACCAGCACAGAGAAUGGUAAGGGAUAUGGGGUAUGUCCCAGGAAAAGGAAUUGGUAAGCAUCACCAAGGAACUACAGAGCCAAUUCAACCCACUGCAAAACCCGAUCGUCACGAUCUGGGUUUUUCUUAGGGGCCAUUGAGGGGGCUAUGCCCAUACCGUGGAUAACAGAAGAAGCUGUAUGGGUUCCUCAAUGGCCUCUCUCCUCUGAAAAGCUGGAGGCCGCUCACCAAUUAGUAAAGGAACAGUUGCAAUUAGGACAUUUGGAACCUUCAAGCUCACCCUGGAAUACUCCAAUAUUUGUUAUAAAAAAGAAGUCAGGAAAAUGGAGGCUAUUGCAUGAUCUUAGAGCAAUUAAUACACAAAUGAAAUUGUAUGGAUCAGUCCAACGUGGUCUUCCGCUUCUUUCUGCCUUGCCAAAGCAAUGGGAGGUUAUUAUAAUAGAUAUUAAGGAUUGCUUUUUCUCUAUUCCUUUACAUCCUAAGGAUAAAGAGAGGUUUGCCUUUACUCUGCCUGCAAUAAAUCAUGUGGAGCCUGAUGAGCGCUAUCAAUGGAAAGUCUUGCCCCAGGGGAUGGCAAACAGCCCCACUAUAUGUCAGUUAUAUGUACAACAGGCCCUGACUCCUGUCAGAGGGCAAUAUACAUCACUAACGAUUCUUCAUUACAUGGAUGAUAUACUCCUCUGUAGAUCCAAACCUCAAGAGCUUGAGACAGCAUAUGCUGACUUAAUAAAACAUUUCCAACAGUUUGGGCUAACUAUAGCUACUGAAAAGGUUCAGAGAUCGCUGAUGGGCAAGUUUUUAGGAGCCGUUGUACAUCCAGAAGUUAUUACUCCACAAAAAAUUGAAAUCAGGUGAGAUCACCUACAAACCUUAAAUGAUUUUCAAAAACUUUUGGGAGAUAUUAAUUGGCUACGGCCAUUCCUGAAAAUAUCUACUGCUGAGUUAAAACCUUUGUUUGAUAUAUUGGAAGGGGAUCCGCAAUUAACAUCCCCGCGAUCCCUGUCUAUGGAGGCUGUAGAGGCCCUCCAAAAGGUGGAGAAGACUCUUUCUGAGGCUCAAUUAGUAAGGAUACAACCUGAUGAACCUUUUGAGCUAUGUGUUUUGCAAACUGCUAAAUUACCCACUGCGGUGUUAUGGCAGAAUGGCCCCUUACUUUGGAUUCACCCACAAGCCUCUCCAGCUAAAACCAUAGAGUGGUACCCCUCAGCGGUGGCAAGAUUGGCCAUGAGAGGACUAAAAGUAGCUGUAACUCAUUUUGGUAAACAUCCAAUAAAAAUUGUUAUACCCUAUACUGCAGAACAGCUCCAAGUGCUGGCUGCUACAAAUGAUGACUGGGCAAUACUUGUGUGCAUCUUUUCAGGGGUGUUUGAUAAUCACUACCCCAGGCACCCCAUUUUGACCUUUGCAAAAUGUCAUCCCCUUGUGUUUCCCCGGGUUACCAGCAUGGAACCCCUUCAGGCAGGGGAUAUUGUUUAUACGGAUGGAUCGAAAACUGGUUUGGGUACUUAUGUGCAUGACGGUAAAGUGGUAACUAAGCAAUUUACCCCUAAUUCCCCUCAAUUAGUUGAGUGUCAGAUUGUAUUGGAAGUGCUCCGAGUGUUCCCUAGUCCAUUAAAUAUUGUUUCAGAUUCCUCCUAUGUGGUUAAUUCAGUUAAAUCUUUAGAAGUUGCGGGAAUGAUUAGAACCACUAGUACAGUGGCUUCUAUGUUUCUGGAGAUCCAGCAGGAGUUACUAUCUCGGCAUUCCCCUUUUUUCAUCACCCAUAUAAGGGCUCAUUCAGGGUUGCCUGGCCCAAUGUCUCAUGGGAAUAACCUGGCCGAUUUGGCUACUAGAGCCACUACGUUUGCUGUGCUGACUCCUGUGGAAGCUGCCACCCAGUUCCAUUCCUUAUUUCAUGUUACUGCUGAGACCUUACGCAGACGUUUUCCUAUAUCUAGAGCAGAGGCCAGAAAAAUAGUGCUUCGCUGCGGUAAUUGCAGUGCGUUUAUUACCACCCCACAUGUGGGCAUUAAUCCCUGUGGCCUUCGACCCCUGCAGGUUUGGCAGAUGGAUGUUACCCAUGUCCCCGCCUUUGGAAAAUUAAAGUAUGUGCAUGUUUCCAUCGAUACAUGCUCCGGGGUCAUAGUUGCUUCUCCCUUGUCUGGGGAAAAGGCCUCUCACGUCAUUGCCCACUGUCUUGAGGCUUGGAGUGCUUGGGGUCUUCCUAGGCUGCUCAAGACCGACAAUGGCCCUGCUUAUACUUCAGAAAAGUUUAAACAUUUCUGCAAUCAGAUGGGUGUUGCACACCUGACAGGACUUCCUUAUAAUCCUCAAGGCCAAGGAAUCAUUGAACGUGCCCAUCGCACAUUAAAGGCUUAUUUAAAUAAACAAAAAGGGGGAAUUGGUGAGGUGCCGCCAACCCCCAAGGUUGCCAUCUCCACUGCACUUCUUACUUUAAAUUUCUUAAAUUGAGACGCCCAUGACUAUUCGGCGGCAGAACGCCAUGGGCAGUGGCCUAUUCCACCCAAGGAUCAGGUGAAGUGGAAGGAUGUACUCACUGGAGAAUGGAAAGGCCCGGAUCCUAUUUUAAUACGAUCCAGGGGAGCGAUUUGUGUUUUUCCGCAGAAUCAAGAAAAUCCAAUUUGGGUACCUGAGCGUUUGACUCGAAAAUUGCCUUCUGCUCUUCCUGAAGAUGAGACUACGAACCCUACUAUUACUACUGGGAAUGAACAAAGAAAUCUCGAAUUAUCUGAAAGGAAACUGGUCCAUGAAAGCAGAGCAACUAUCAAGACAAUUGCUGAUGCAGAUUGCUGUCCUCAACAGCACUAGGCUGGACCCCAUCACAGUUGAAGACUUUACCUCAUGGAUUACCAAUGCUUUCUCCCUUGUUAAGGAGUGGGUGGGCAUGUUUGUCCUGGGGAGCUAUUGUCCUCCUGGGAUGCGGAGUAGGUCUCUGGCUUAUUGGCUGUUUAAAAAAGAGAACAUGCCAGACACAAAAUGGUUGUUUACCAGGCUAUGACCACCAUUAAAAAGGGUACUUCUCCCAACAUAUGGCUGGCCUCUUUGAAAGAUCAAGAGUUCGCCCUAGAUCAUUUUUGUCACAGUCAUGUGGAGUCAUUGUAUCCAGGGACGGGCAACUUUCCUCGAACUCGGACCAACCUAAGACACGGGGCCCGGUGGCGAUAGGGUAACUCUAUGACGGGUAAGGCCGAGUUUGGAUGAGAACGACCUAAGACAGGAGCAAUGACAAGAUUGACGUGACACCCAGAUCUAGACCAGUCAUUUUAUUAAACAAAAAAGGGGGAGAUGUAGAGAGCGGCGCGGCGAAACAAAGAUGGCGCCGACAUCCAGCCUUGUCUGGAUAUAAACGACUUACUGCGCAUGUGCAGGCUUGUCCCCUUGCUAGGGCUCCCUCUAGUGGUGAACAGCGGUACUGCACAUGUGCGGUUUAUGCACCAGGUGUUAGUUGACCGUUAAUAUGCUAAUGAGGUGAUUCAUUCUCCGCCAAUUCCUGGAGGACAAGUAGUGGGGUGAUCCAAGCCCCACCAAUCCCUGAGAGAUAAUUAGCAUACUGUUGUCUAUAUAAGCCGAGCGAUUUUGCUGCUCGGGGUCCCUGUUCAGAAGAGCUGUAACACUGAGAAGAGCUGUAACACUAAGAAGAGCUGUAACACUGAGAAGAGCUGUAACACUGAGAAGAGCUGUAACACUAAGAAGAGCUGUAACACUGAGAAGAGCUGUAACACUGAGAAGAGCUGUAACACUAAGAAGAGCUGUAACACUGAGAAGAGCUGUAACACUAAGAAGAGCUGUAACACUAAGAAGAGCUGUAACACUGAGAAGAGCUGUAACACUGAGAAGAGCUGUAACACAGUAAAGGCUUGCUCGCAGAAGAAUCCUGUUGCCGCGCGUCGUUCUUGCUGGCGGGACAUUGGGCGCGCGACACCCAUGCACUUGUUGGCCCGUUUAUACACAGAGAAGGACAUAAACCCUUCAAGCAAGGAUGCAUUGGAACUCCGCACUCCCAGCCAGUCUGGCUCAUAACCUGUUAGUUCCCUUGAAGACAAAAGCAGUAUCAGCCCUGUGCAAACCCAUGCAGAUUUUGAUUUUCUAUUUCCUUUAGGCUGGGCCAGCAUCUUGUGCACUGAUCAGCACGGGCACUGCUGUUGAGGGUUACAUACACAGAAGCCAUACAUAGUGCAUGCUCUUGGUGACUAAAUUCUUUUCAAUGUAUUUUUGCCUAUACAGCUCUUCAUUUCCUACUAUGGCCUUGUGACCUAGAGAAUAUGAGUGUUCCUGCUAUACCCUUGUUUAUUCUUCAGAAAGAAUAAACAAGGAAUCUGAGAUCUAAUGGGAAGGUUGAAGGCUAUAGGGUUCUGUUUAUUGCCAGGAUUUCUGCCCACUUUGAGUAAGAGCACGGAAGGUGAACUCUACUCUGCGGGACAGCUCUGUCUAUCCCUCUAUAUUCUGGGUCUCCUCCCUACUUCUACCCACUCCUGUGAACUGUGCCCUCUAGUCCUGUAGAAUAAUGACUGUUUCUUCCCUACGAUAACCUUUUGUAGAUCUGGAUGGUGCUUUCUUAAGAACACCACGUGGGCUGGACAAAGAGUCACGUGUCUGCACUCUUUAAAGUUGACUUCAUGUGCUUAGGUCUGGCUCUAAAUCUCAGGUGUCAUACAAGGUAAUGAGACUUGCCUCCUUGUUAUACAGUACCAGAAACUAAUUCUGUUCAAUUUUGGAAGCUGCACUCAUGAAUCAAGCAGCUUAGUUGGGAAGGCAAAGAACAGAAAGCUUAUGUGAGGGGAUCUGGUGUAGUUGCCUGGAUAUAUACAGCCACACGUGCAGGGAAUGGGUCUCAAUUCACCCAUGAGAAACGAUUGCUCACCUGGGAAGCAAAGCCCACAUGAAAUAGUGCUGGGCCAGCUCCAGUGGACCCUGUCUGACAUGAAACAAUCGUGGUCAGCAGGACAUAGAUAUGUGUUCCUCGGAACCUGGUCUCCUGGAGACACUUGGCCACUUCCUCUCGACUUUCUGCCUACUGAUUUGAACAGGUACGAUCCGGACUUAGAUACAGGCCCCUUUAUUCCUUUUUCUACUAACGGGAACAUCGAGACCUGAUUUGGGCUUUACGGACCAUGCCUCUUUUGAAAGCACUAGUAAAAAUUAAGUAGAAUCAGAAUGAAACUCUAAGAGAUGUGAUCAAUAACUUACAACAGGAAGAAUGAACUGUGGAUAAUCCAGACCUCCUAGAUAGUGAAAGAAUCAAGGCACUAGCAAUUAGAGGGGAGAGUCCCGUCAAUUAUAAAAAAAUCCAUACAUUUAGGAAUUCCUAUCAAGUGGUUACAUGGAAGAAAACAUUAUUUAAUUAGAGGAAGGUGGUGGGUCCCUCCUCCAGGUAAAAACAGCCUGAGUAGAUACAGGACCGCUGCAGAGCCAUUGCCCUACACAGGGACAUAUGAUGAAGGUGAUAGAUGGGUUAAUAUUGAUGGAAAGAGAGUAUUAUAUUAUUCUUUAAAUUUUAUAGAACACUUGGCCAGAUCACAUCCCCCUGCUUGCCUAUUAUCAAAAGGAAUUAUCCUAUCUUUAAAAAGACGAUUACAUAAAUUUUGGCUAAGAGAGAGUAAAAGAAUAAAGAUUCCUUACAGCUGGCUGUCCUGUUGUUAUCCGAGAGAUGAUAUUUAGAGAUGGAGGUAAAUGAGGUUUAUGACCACCGUCUGGCACCAGUCCGAUUCUCAGGAAAGUUUAUUUCCUGUCUUGCUUUCUGUUCUGAACUUCAUUUAAACUGUUAAACUUUUUCUUUGUUAUGGUUUGACUGUACCCUGGCAAGGGGCCAAAAAUUAGCUCCUGUUCAAGCAUUGUAUAUAACCACAAAGCAGAAAUUUAGUAAAAUCACAGCAGAUUCAAAUCA